AUGUCAGAGCAGGAGGCUGACACCGAGGUUGAGGCCGAGGUUGAAGAGGAGGAGGAGGAGGAGGUUGUUCAUGAGCCUCCCCGAAAACGAAGACCGCCCAUCCAGCCACCUGAGGAGACUGUGGUCCCAGUUGUAGCGAAAGAUCUCGAGACGGACAUAGUGGACUCUGAGACACCUGAUGGGUGGGGGCAGGGCUUGGAGACUCCGGCACCUUCCCCACCUGAACCUGCUGCCCCGACACCACAGCCUUUGGUCGCACCUUCUGAAGUACCUGCACCUACGGAACCCACACCUGCUGAGGAACCCAAGGAUUCAGUGCCAGCUGCACCUCCUACGGUACCAGGACAGCCGGAUGUUCAGUCUGGAGACACCUUCCUUGAAGCCUACAAGACGGUGACACCCGGUGAAGCUGAUCAAGGUGAUGCCAGGUCGAUCUGUUCAGUCACAACUCUUCCGCUUGGUGCUGAUGCUGUUACCCCCAUGGAUGCUCAGUGGCUGCAAAGCCAAAACGCAGAGUUGCAACGUCAACUUCGUGAAGCUUUGGCUCAGAUUGACGAUUUGAACCAACGACCAGAGUUACGCCGGACAAAACUGACUGGCCCAGGGGCUGAAGUUUCAGUAUUGGCUGCUGGAUCACCGGCUUCUCCGGCUGAAGUUCCUACUGAACCUCCUGUGGUACCUGCAUCGCUGCCUGGACCAACUGAGACCCCCAAGGACAAACCCAACAAAAACACUGAGGCGAUGCUGAAGGAGCUGGAACCUGUGGAACCUGUGGCAACCAGUGAGGGUACACCUCAGGGAUCCCAGGGGGCACAUGCACCGCCAGAGCCAGGGACCCUGCCUGACACGUUAUCUGAUACCACAGAAAGGUCCCCAGAAGAGCUUGAGGUGGAAGGCCUGGUUUUGCGACAGCUCAAGUCUGACAGCUCUGCACCUCCCAGUGCGCCAGCUGAGAUCAAAAUCAACUGGAGCACGCACAAAAAAGAGGGUAUGCGAUUAGAUCGACUGAUUGAAUCCAACAUGGAUCGCUUGAAGGUGCUGCGCGAGUGGGUGCUCACAGGUGAGAACGCGAACGCGUGUGAAAGUGCUUUGGUGCUACACCGCAGGAACUUGCAAAGGGUUGAUGGGAAUGAGGAAUGCCUCACCAUUCAACAGAUGUUUGAGAGGAAAAUCCCCAUAGAAAAAAUUCGUGCUGUGGUUGCUCGAGGUGGUGGAAUUCCUGACAAAGAUGCUCCAGGAGUUGCAAAGUUGACUUCUUACUGGGUUGAAACCUCGAGGACCCGGCUGAACAGAGACGAACAAGGCCAGACGAGUGAGAUCCGUGUGCGGGGCACUGCUGGGGGGGCUUUGGAUGCAAUGGGCCUUCCCUUGACUCCCAGUACGGCUGCUGCAGCUAACCCUGCCAACCUCGAAGCCUUGGUUACUGAAGCUCAGUCUGCUGCAGACGCUGAACCGGGACCAGGUCGUGCUCCAAAAGCAAAAGCGAAGGCGAAAGCCAAGGCUAAAGCCGCGGCAGGGUUGAAAGAGGAAAGACCGGCUACUGAGGAAUCAUUGCGAGCUUCCUUGAGUGUAUCUCUCAAGAAGGAGAUGAACCAGUGCAACGCAUUUGUGGUGGACUUGCCAUCGGGGAACAACCUUGGCAAGACCUUGCAACAGUACAAGCAGCGAUUUGAGGAUUUCCAUACUGAGUUGAAGAACACCAAAUCUUUCGACAGCCUCAAGCAUCUCGAUGAUGAGGUCAAGGAGACAGUUGCCGCUGUUCGCCUUUUCAAGGCCCAGGCACGUGCUGUGAUCUCUGAGCUCCGAAAGUCCGACAGCUCUGGCCGCUGGAGUGAACGCUGUUUAGCAACCAUGGUUUUGGACCUCUGUUCCAUGCAGCGUGGUCUUCGAGAUGCUGAACUGCAAGAGUUACAGGGUGUGCCUGGGCAGAAUGAAGCUCGAGUCCACAAUGCUGCAAUUCGCGAUUCUUUCGCCCUGCCGUGCGAGCUGCAACAUUUGCAGAUUCCCCUAUCCACUGGUUUUGACGAUGACGAUGAACCCAUCAUCGAAAUGAAGGAAUGGCCUUUUAUUCUUCCUCACCUUUUGGUCCAAUCCAUGGUGGAUAUGGGGUAUCUGAAGCUACUUGUUGACUUUGAGCGUAUACAGGAGUAUUGGACCAACAUCCUCAAAGAUUUUCCAGGGCAUCCAGCAGAAACUUCAACAACAACAUCCGUUCCCCUGACACUCUAUGGUGACGAGGGACAAGCCCUUGGGGAAAGCUACAUGUCCUUUCACUUCCAACCGGACUUGUCUCCUUGGCUUUCGGAUGCAGGGGUGAGCAGAAUGCUCAUCACCACCAUCCCAUCGAGCAUGUAUGUGUUCAAUGAAGAUGGUGUUAAUCUGACACUGCAAGCUGCAGCGGGGAUUAUUGUGGACAGAAUGAACAAACUAUAUACUGAUGGGGUGAGUGUCCGCGAUGUGGCCUCUGAUGAAGUAGUUACGUUGCGGUUCUUUGUGAUGAGCUUCAAAGGCGACUGGAAGUACAUGGUUCAGUUAUUCAACAUGACCAACACCCCUUCCAAAGAGCAGGUGCCUGGCCUCUCCGGCUAUGUAAAUAUCCACCGCAUGCUGCGCAUGGCCAUGACCGAUUGGUAUGCUGGUCAUGCCGGGCUUCAAAGGGGUCACAAGAUCUAG